CUCUUCUCCGUCCACCUCCCUCUCUCGCUCCCUCCCUCCCUGCCUCCCUCUUUCAGUUUGUCUCUCUGUAUCUGGCUCGCUCGCUCGCUCUCUCUGUCUCUCUCUCUCUAAACAUAUACAUGUAUAUCUCUGCCUGAUCUUCCAUUUCUGGCUCUUCUUUUUCUCUCCUAGAGCUCAAAGUAAUCUUCUCUGCUAUGGAAAUGGAGAUGAAAAUGAAAGGUUCCUGCUCGAUUUUUGAUAUGUCUAGGGUUCGUGAAGGACUACUCGCUGUGGAUCGAAUAGCUAGACGAUUUCCAAAGAAUUCUAUACAGUCUACGCCUCGAAGUUUUCAUGUUAAGGUUGCAACGUUUGUGGCGUGUGCGGUGGAUAGGGCUCUGAUAUUCAUAAUUUUAGGGGAUUUGGAAUGGUUGUUCUCUUGGAGAUAG